GAUUGGUGUAAUUGAUCAGAGGUCGUCCUGUGUCGUCUAGGCCGAGGCAGUCGGCUCCGCUCCUCAUAAACGCGCACCGGCCAUUACAUGCGGACUAAACCCCGCCGCCGCUGAACGGAAACCGGACAUCAGUACAGCAAGCGAGACAGAAUGAACGUAUCCGUCGUGUGUACAUCAAAAGCGCUUUAACAGUGCCGCGUGUCUCGUGAUGGAGGACUGGAGCGAGUGUUUGGAUGUGGCCGUGCAGAUCGCGCGCAGAGCCGGACAGCUACAUUACACUCAGGUGGUUCAGUCAGCGGUGAAGCAGGAGAAGCGUGUGAGCAGCAAGAGCACCCCCACAGACCUGGUGACAGAAGCAGACCAUCAAGUGGAAGAGCUCAUAAUCUCCACACUCAGGGAGAGAUACCCCUCACACAGGUUUAUCGGAGAGGAGUCAUCUGCGGCUGGGGAGAAGUGUGAACUAACAGACAGCCCAACAUGGAUAAUAGAUCCAAUUGAUGGGACAUGUAACUUUGUGCACAGUUUCCCAAUGGUGGCAGUAAGCAUCGGCUUUGCAGUAAGGAAAGAGCUUGAGAUUGGGGUCAUCUUCCACUGUUUUGAUGGGACGUUGUAUACAGCCAGGAAAGGACACGGAGCGUUUUGCAAUGGGGUUCGGCUACAAGUUUCGAAAGAAAAAGAUGUGUCCAAGGCCCUCAUUUUGACCGAGAUUGGGGCAAAGAGAGAUCCGGCCACAAUAGAUAUCUUUUUAGGAAAUAUGAAGAAACUAUUGAGCACGCCUACUCAUGGAGUGAGGAUCAUUGGCAGCUCUACACUAGCACUCUGUCAUAUAGCCAGUGGGGCGGCUGAGGCCUAUUACCAGUAUGGCCUGCACUGCUGGGACAUUGCAGCGGCCGCAGUCAUCAUCAGGGAGGCAGGAGGCUGUGUUAUCGACACUACAGGGUGCCCCCUUGACCUCAUGUCCAGACGAGUUGUGGCCGCUGGGACACGAGAGAUAGCAGACUAUAUCGUAAAGCAGCUGCAGCCUAUAAACUACGGGCGUGAUGACAGUGACCCAAACGCCCUGGCCUGAGCACUGCCGUGACCUCUGACCCCAUCCUAAGCCGUUUACCUCAGAGCACACAAUCCUGCCACAUUUGCAGUGCCCUUUUAAUGCAACAUUUACUUUUUUUAUAGUUUUUUUUUGUAUGCUUUCCAGUCACUGGACACAUCCCAAACUCACAUGGCAUACUAUUGAGUAAUUCAUUUUUAGAUAAACAUAAAGAUAAGUUGUAAUCACUGUAGCCACAACCAUUUUUUAAUUACAUAGUAGUUUAUUAUGAAAAUAUAGGAGGCAGAUUUUCAUCCUGUUUAAAACUGGAUUUAUAAUAUGCUAUUCUCAAGUUUUAGAUGCCUUGAAAUGGCAGGAUACUGAUAAUGCCAAAUUCAACUAAUUUUCCAUACAAAUUUAAUACAACUUUGAUUUCACACCACAACAAGGGAGAAACAUACAGUUAAUGAAAAUCAAUAUACAGUUGUACUCAAAAGUUUGCAUACUGUGACAGGAAUUGUGAAAUUUUGGCAUUGUUUUUUAUUUAAGGAUAGCGAUCAUAUGAAGCCAUUUAUUAUCACA